UAUUCGAGGAUGGGGUUUGCUACUCGCAUCGGUAAGUAUCAAUUAGGGCGAACAAUCGGAGAAGGGACCUUCGCAAAGGUGAAGCUCGCCGUGGACUCUGAGUCUGGUCAGUUCGUCGCGGUCAAAGUCAUAGAUAAGAAGAUGAUAUUGAAGAAAAAGCUCAUGUAUCAGGUAAAGAGAGAAAUAAGUACAAUGAAGCUACUACACCAUCCUAACAUUGUUAAAAUAUACGAGGUUAUUGCAACGAAGACUAAAAUUUAUCUAGUGAUGGAAUAUAUUUCCGGAGGGCAACUUGCCGAUAAAAUGUCAUAUAUUAAACAAUUGGAUGAAAAAGAGGCAAGGAAAUACUUUCAACAGCUUAUUGAUGCUGUGGAUUAUUGCCAUGCCAGAGGAGUCUACCAUAGAGAUCUCAAGCCAGAGAACCUGUUGCUGGAUAACAAGGGAAAUUUGAAGAUAUCUGAUUUCGGGCUAAGUGUGCUGAAAAAGCCCGGUGACUUGUUAUCGACCGCGUGCGGCUCACCAAGUUAUGUUGCUCCUGAGGUGAUUGUACACAAGCAGUAUGAGGGAAUGGCAGCAGACAUUUGGUCGUGCGGAGUGAUUUUGUACGAGUUGCUUGCUGGUCAUCUGCCCUUUGAAGAUCGAAGCCUGAUGAAUUUGUACAGAAAGAUAUCUAGAGCUGAGUACGCUUGCCCAGAUUGGUUCAGCUCCUCUCAGAAGAGCUUGAUCUCCAAGAUAUUGGAACCACAUCCUUUAAGGAGAGCCACAAUAUCAGACAUCCUUGAAGAUGAGUGGUUUCGAAUGGAUUAUCAGCCACCAGAAGGAACAGAUAAUGUUAAAGAUACAAGACUGCUCGAUGAUAACACCACAGCUGAAAAUGAAAAUAUCUGCCCCAAAGCAAAAGAAGACUCUGGCUCUGACAAUUUUAUCAAUGCAUUUCAACUCAUUGCGCUAUCUAAUGACUUAGACCUCUCAGGCCUUUUUCAUGAAAAGGAUGAUUAUGAACAGAAAACAAAGUUAGGAUCAUCACAUUCUGUCGAUGAGACUGUGGAAAAGAUUGAGGCUGCUGCAAAAGAUGUCUGCCUCUCUGUUGAGAGGAUAAACAACUCCAAGGUAAAGAUUCAUGAGCAGAAGAGGCUAUCAAGAAGUAUAUCACAUGUAAUCCUAUCAGCUGAGGUGACAGAGGUUGCUCCAGUUCACUGUGUCGUAGAAAUAUCAAAGCAUGCCGGAGAAAUAGGAGUGUACAAAGAGUUCUGCAAAACCCUAUCAAAUGUGCUUCAAUCAAGUGCUUGAAGAUCGUUGGAUUUGUAAACACAAAUGCUGAUGAAGAAGAUAUCAAAACCUCAAGGGAAUUCAUUGAGUAGCAGAGGCAGCGAAGAAUGCAGAAGUACUUGGGAUACCACUCUUGGGCUUGACUUGUUCUGACCACAAUUUUUGACAGAAGUUUCCAUGCGAAGCGAAAAGUAAAUUUAAUAUUAUGACAUUGUUGUUGGAUUGGUGAAUAAGUGGAUGAAUGUAUGUAUGUAUCUAUUAAAUAAUUUUCACCUGUAAUUUUUUUUGACUAGCCAUAUAAUGAUGCAAGGGAGUUUAGUAAUUAACUAAUCAAUUAUGAGCAUUAGUUCACUCAUCUGAAUUGGAAAAGCUAUCUUAUUCCCAUAUACAGUAGGAUUCAUCAGCAAAUUUGAAUUUAUAGCCACAGCUCCUAAAAGAUGGACGUAGUCUCUAAGAAUUUGCAGGCAAUGGGAAUGUAAAGAUAAAUUAUUUGUCCCCCAAGCAAAUCUCUGUUAACUUAGGAUGCAGUCUAUGGUGAGGAGUUCAUCCUUGGCCACCAUCAAUGGUAUCGAAAGCUAAAGGCCAAGGAGAUCCUCCUCUUCAGCAGCGUUCUCGAUCGAACUGUUUAAAGAGCUAAAUAGGUUUUUCGCUAAAGAGGCUUUUCUCCCUUGAACUAUUUAAUCAUCCUCAGGACACAUCUUCUCCUAAAACUGAUGUCAAGUUACACUUCCUUUCAGGGCCUUAUGUAAUGAUACCUACUGCUUACCUUCCUCAUUUUAACUCCACUAUCGAAUCUUUAUCCAAUUCAAAGCCCCUUAAAGAACAAAUCACCUCAAAGUCAUUUUACCAACAAGUAUCUCUUCUGUCGGUCUCCAAUCAAAACCUCAACACCCUCAGCCAUCUCUGCCCGUUUCCACAACGAUCAUCGCACUCCCCAGGUUGAUAAGAUUCAAAAAUCCAAUUUUCGUAAACAGGUAUCCUAGUCUACAGUUGAAAGUCACCACUUCUGGGAGAGGAUCUCCAAAAUUGAAGCUGCUAAUAACCCAGAGCUAAACAACAAGCUAUCAAUGCCCCCUAAAGAAGAUAUAGGAUGCGGAAAAAUUACUUCAUUGAUAAACCGCCUCAGGUUCCUUCGCAAUUCAUACAAAAUGUAAGUAGCACUUGAAGGGAUCGCGCUAAAAUGAUACACGGAAUCCUCUAAAACUCUCUAAGUCAUCUAC